AUGGCGGCCAGCGCUAUGUGCAGUUUCGUCACUGUCGUCGUAGAGCUGGUCGAGGUGUUUCGAAGCCAUCGAAGUCAUCGAAGUCGUGAAAGAGACAGAGCGGCUCACGGCGACCGGUCCGAUAGAGAGCACUGGGUUGAUAAACAAGACAACCAGAAUACGGCAGUCACACAGAGCUCACAACGUCGACAUUCGAAAGGUGGCGUUCCACCCGACGUCGUAAAUUCUGUGGUUCCGAUAGACAAGAAUCGAAAGUCGAGACAGUUCGUGUUCGAAUCAUCCAAGGAAUGCGUGUGUGUCAACAUCAUCGAACUGGCGGACGCCAAUUAUGGUCUGUACGUUUGGCCUUGCGCACCAGUACUUGCUCAGUACAUCUGGUUUUAUCGUGAUCACGUGAAGGGCAAACGUGUCAUAGAGCUGGGAUGCGGUACCGGUCUUCCCGGUAUCCUCGCUGCCCUUUUGGGUGCCCGCGUCACGCUCUCCGAUUCGGCCAACCUGCCCAUUUGCCUUAAACACUGCCAGAGGAACGUAGAAGCCAAUGGCUUAUCUACCACGGAGGUUCCCGUCCUGGGUGUGACGUGGGGCGCCUUUACGCCAUCACUGUUUGAACUCGGUCCUCUAGAUCUCAUCCUCGGAAGUGAUAUACUGUACGAACCGAAAGAUUUCGAAAAUGUCAUCGUCACUGCAAGUUACCUGCUACAUCAGAAUCAACACGCUCGCUUCUGGGCGACCUACCAGCUAAGGAAUGCGGAAUACAACCUGGAGAAAUUGUUGAAAAAAUGGAACUUAGUAUGCAUGCGAGUCCCUCUGGAUCACUUCGACGCUGAUACUCCUUCGAUCGGGGGCUCAAACUUACCAGGAGUACACCAAAUCGAAAUGUUGGUGAUGACCGUUGACCCAACCCAGGAAGAGCCCAAACCACCGAAAAAAGACACCAUCAGGUGGUCUUGAUGAAUACCUUGGACGAAGAGGAUCGUCGUCGUCGUACCUGGAGCGUAAUCCUAUCAACGUACGUGAGGAUGAGCGAUCGCUCAUACGAAUGCGCAGAUCUGAUGCCGAC